GGUUACGUCUAUGAACACAGACAAUAACCCUACUUUUAACUGUCACUAUGACGUUUCUACGAAAACAAAUCUAUUUUUAAUUUUAAACUCGUUAAAAUGGAUGGGAUAGUGGCGUUGGGGCAUUUCUGCGAGUCCCACGGUCCAAUUGUUAUAUUGGCGACGCAGAAAACCGACUGCGAGCCACAGGAAAAGCCCCCGCAUAUUUUAAACAGCCCCGUUUGCGAAGCUUGCAAAUCCAUUGAUUUAGAAGAAGCGGUUGUAAGUGAGGAUGAAAAUGUUUAUUAUGUAUCAUCUAGAAUACCUUUGAAAGAAGAUGUAGCGUUUUUGUUAAAGAAUGCAGCAGUAAGAAGCAUAAGUUGUGAGGAAAUGGGUAAGGAGGGCGGCCUGAUGUAUUUUGGGGACGAUCAAAGAGGCCACGUCGUAACAUACACUUUUUACGUAGCAGAUUCACAGGCAAGGGGCUUUAAAAGGAAAUAUUGUUUGAUUCUUUUGUCAGGCGAUCGGGUACAUCUAUUAAACCAUUGGAGGCAUAUUACAAAGCAUUUUGAGGUUAUUGCAAGUGAUUUAAAGGAGAAAGCUUUGAAGGUUAAUAAUUUGGAACAGGCUACUUGUUCACAGAAAGCUGCAAGGCAAGCUUCUCAACAAUCCACAAGAAGCUGUACUGGAAGAUCUCUGCAAGAGUUAACAGGAGUUUCAUCAAUAUUUUUGCAAAUUCACAUGUGGUUUGUCUAUUUGUUAAGUGUUAAUGUCAUGGAGGAAAUUAAACCUAACAUACUUGAGGUUCCUAUAUCAUGUAAUGGAGCUAUUAUGUUAAGAAAAUUAUACAAAGAGAUAUCCAAUAGAGAUUUUAAGAAGGUUUUAUACUGUUUUUUGACAGGAAUUAAGGUGGAAUCUAAAGAUACAGAAAUAUUAAAACUAUUUCAACAAUUAUUGCCAAAGAAAUUCAAACUACCCCAGACGGGUGAAGCAUGUGUACUAGUAAAAGAAAAUGAUGCUUGGAAAGUGAACUGGAAAGGUAAUUUACCUUUAAAACUCCCAACACUCUUAAAUUUAAUAGAGGAAGGGUUAAACAGUGAAAAUUUGCCAGAUGAAGCUUUGGAAUCAUAUUUGGCUAGCUUUUCUUAUCAAUGGUAUAAUAUAUCUUGUGAUAUAGCUUGUUGUAAUGUUUAUAGUGAGGAAUUGUUAAAAGUUUUGGGUGUACACAAAUAUGACAUGCCUUUAUUAUCAUAUUGGACAACUGAAGUGAGAAAUCUGUGA